AUGCGUUGCAGCCGAACCCGGACAACGACGCCUACACUUUCCUUGAAUUCAACACGCAAGGGGAGGACUUCAAUUACCCAGAAUUCCAAGAGCUCUCGCAGCCCAUUCAAUCCCCCUCUCUAUGGCCAACUCCCUCCGAUUCGGUUGCUAUUUCUGAGACCAACGAUCACUAGUCGUCAUCUGAUGCCUCUCCCUCAACUAAAGUUCGCGGCGGCGGAGUUGGUUCGAGUAGUAAUAAUAAUAAUAAUAAUAAUGUCCAUCGCUCCUGAAGACUUCUCUCAAUUCGACAUUUCAGAACAGGAAAAGGACAAGCUAGUUGGGGAAGUUAUCCGCUACAUACUAUUCAAGACGGAGCAAAAUUCAGGUUGCCCAAUUAAAAGGGAAGAAUUGACUCAGUUGAUUACUGGUAAAAAUUAUAGACAGAGAAAUCUGCCAGCUUUUGUGAUCAAUGAAGCGAAGACGAAACUCUCCUCGAUUUUUGGGUACGAGAUGAGGGAACUCCAACGGUCCCGGUUCUCCACUUCAUCUCACCAUAGCCGCGCAUCCCAAUCUCAACAAUGUAAGCAUUUUACAAAGUGA